AUGACUGACUUGGAUCUUAACCAACCGAUCAACUGGGAUGGGGUAGAAGAGUAUAAGGGUGAAGUUGAGGAUUUGAGUUAUGAUUUGGAGUGGGAUACUGAUGAAGAACGAGAAGGAGAGGACGCCGCCGCCGGCCGCAGUAGCCCACGGAUCGAGCUCGCCGGACACAGGAAUGAAGUUCUCGGCGUCGCCGGCCGCGGCAGCCCACCGCUCGAACUCGCCGGCCGCCGGAAUGGAGUUCUCGGCGUCGCCGGCCGCGGCAGCCCACCGCUCGAGCUUGCCGGACGCGGCGACGGACUAGGACUCACCGGCCAUGCGAAUGGAGUGGACGACGUCGCCGGCCGCGGCAGCCCACGGCUGGAGCACGCUGGGCACGGCGACGGACGACUCGAGCAUGCUGGACGCGGUGGCGAUCAUCAAGCGGAGCAGCACCUCGGCGAGCCUCAUUCUGGACGCGGCAACGAAAUUCAUGGCGCACGGCUCGAGCUCAACGGCAGCAGAAGCUUCUCGCCUGGCUCAAGCUCGGGCACGCUGGAACGCGCUGGACGCACCCGGCUGGGACUCACUGCUAGUCGCGGACACGGUGUACCAGCCAUUGAAGUCCUGGUACACGCCGAAGAGGUGCACGCGAGCGAAUACGGCCACGCCGACGAGCAGCGCACCGGAGAUCACGGCGACGCCGAUGACCAUGGCCAUGCAGACGAGGAGCACACCCACCAUGAUGGCCAUGCAGACGAGGAGCACGCCCAUCACGAUGGCCAUGCAGACGAGGAGCACGCCCAUCACGAUGGCCAUGCAGACGAGGAGCACGCCCAUCACGAUGGCCAUGCAGACGAGGAGCACGCCCAUCACCAGCAGCAGCAUCUCCAUUUCGGCACAAUGGUCAAUCAAAGGAGAAAGUACAGCAAUGAAGAGAGACAAACACUUUAUGCGGCAAUGCUUUGUAGAACAUCUCUCCAUGUUUUGAAUAAAGGUGUUACUCAUGCUGUUUCUCUUGAAUUUGAUGUACCUAGACGGACUGUGCAGAGGAUCUGGACUGAUGGACAACAUGGUGGUGUUGAAAGAGUCAAUAACAAGAAGCUGAAGAAUUGUGGUCGCAAAAGAAUUGCAUUCGAUGCCGAUGCCAUCAAAGAGAUCCCGCCAUCUAAGAGAACUACCCUCAAGGAUCUGGCCAAUGAAUUGCAUAUGGCGAAGACCACUUUGUUUAGGCGGCUGAAGGAGGGCAGAUUUAGGCGGCACACUAAUGCGAUCAAGCCGACUAUCACCGAAGAAAACAAGAAAGCUAGGGUUCGGUAUGCACUGUCCAUGUUAGACCCACAGAGCUUACCUUAUGAGCCUAAAUUUCUGGACAUGUACAACACCAUUUAUAUUGAUGAGAAAUGGUUCUAUCGCACAAAGAGAACCCAGAAAUUUUACUUGGCAAAUGAGGAGGAUCCAUUGAGAACCACACAGAGCAAGCACUUCAUCGAGAAGGUUAUGUUUCUUGCAGCCGUUGCUAGACCAAGAUUUGAUGCAGAAAAAAACAUUACAUUCGAUGGGAAGAUUGGCAUCUUUCCAUUUGUGACCGAGAAGCCGGCUGAAAGGAGUAGUGUGAAUCGACCGAAAGGUACUAUGGAAACUAAGGUGUUGCCGACGGUCACCAAGGAGGUUAGUCGUGAUUACCUGGUGAACAAAGUAUUGCCAGCUAUCAAGGAGAAGUGGCCCGAAGAAGAUCGUGGUAGGCCAAUCAUCAUUCAACAAGAUAAUGCAAAAACUCACAUUUUAGUCCAUGAUCCAGAGUUUGUAGCAGCAGCCACCUCCGAUGGGUUUGACAUUCGGCUUACAUGUCAGCCACCCAACUCUCCUGAUACCAACAUUCUAGACUUGGGUUUAUUUGCUGCACUUGUGUCUUUGUUCCAAAAGUCAUCUCCAAGAUCUCUCAAGGACAUAGUCACAAAGGUAAUUCAAGCUUGGGAUGAAUAUCCGGUUGUCAGGAGCAACCGUGUCUUUUUAGCCCAUCAAACAUGCAUGCGAGAGAUCAUGAGGUUGAAAGGAGAACACAAGUAG